AUGCCCCCUUUGCCAUCCCUUGGAGCUGGGGGCAACCAGGUGAAUGGGGUCCCAGUGCCGCUGUGCAGCUCUCAGCCCCAUCGCUGCUGCUCUGCCCUCACCCAGCAUCACCGCAUCCUUCCCAUGCAAUGCAGCCAGCCCUGCAGUGCUGUGCGAUGCCUCGGGUCGGGCUCCAUCAGCACAUGCAGCUGUUGCAGAGCUGCAGCAGCGCUCCCUGCAUGGCUCCGUGCAACACGAGGCGGCGAGGAUUAAAGAACUCAAGGUUUAUUUCAGCUCUGCUGCAAUCCUGCCCGCCCUGCAGCGUCGCCUGCAGCUAUUUGGGCACCGCUGCCCCCGCUGCUGCCCCGUGCUGCGUGGCUGCUCCUUGCACUGAGCUCUAUUUAUACGUGGGGACUUGGGCUGUGUGAGGACUCGUGGAGCGGCGCAGAGCUGCACAGGUCCUUGUACCCCCCCCAGUCGCGAUGUGGCUGUGGCUGCUGGCGCUGCUGGGGCUGUGGCUGCUGCGGCGUUGGAACCUGGAGCGGCAGACGGUGGGCGGCCUGGACGAGAAGUUCGUGCUGAUCACGGGCUGCGAUUCGGGCUUUGGCAGCCUGCUGGCACGGCAGCUGGACGCGAGGGGGCUGCGGGUGCUGGCGGGCUGCCUGAGCGAGGCCGGGGCCGCGAGGCUGCGGGCGGCCGCCUCGUCUCGCCUGCAGACCGUCCUGCUGGACGUCACGUCCAGCGACAGCAUCGCCGCCGCCGCCGCGUGGGUGCGGGAGCGAGUGGGGGACAGAGGGCUGUGGGGGCUGGUGAACAACGCCGGCAUCGCCGUCCCCUCCGCCCCCAACGAGUGGCUGAGGAAGGAAGACUUCGUGGCGGUGCUGAACGUCAACCUGGUGGGGCUGAUCGAGGUGACUCUCAGCCUCCUGCCGCUGCUUAGGGAGGCUCAUGGUCGUGUGGUCAACGUGGCCAGUGUGAUGGGCCGGCUGUCCCUCUUCGGGGGCGGCUACUGCCCGUCCAAAUUCGGCGUGGAGGCGUUUUCCGACAGCCUCAGGCGUGAGAUGAGACCCUUUGGGGUGAAAGUCUCCAUCAUCGAACCCGGCGGAUUCCGAACGGGGAUGACCGACCCCAAAGUGGCAACAAAGGAACUGCAGCGCCUCUGGGCUCAGCUCCCGAUAGAGACCCGGGCAUAUUACGGCCGUCGCUACCUGGACAUCUACACCCAGCGCAGCAUCCUCCUGCACCGCCUGAGCAGCCCCCGCCUGUCCCGUGUCACGGCCCGCAUCCAACACGCUCUGCUGUCCCACAGCCCCCGCAGCCGUUACGCCGCCGGGUGGGACGCUCUGCUCCUCCUUCUGCCUCUCAGCUACUGCCCGACGUGGCUUUGCGAUGCCUUCGUCUCCUUCGUGAUGCCGAAACCGUAUUACGGGACACCCACGGGUCCCUGAGCUCAUCCCCGUGCUGCCCUCGGGGCUCCUGCGGGUGCAGAACCUCAUUAAACGCCUUGUUCCCUUCUGCAUCACC